UUCACCUCACGGACUAAACACGGUGAUGCCCUUUAGUCUGAGAGCAAUCGUGGCAGGCAGACAACCAGUUUUGUUCAAGACAGCUGGAACAUGACGCUAGAAGACCUUAAAGUCAUAGGUCUGGUGGUAUUAUCUCUGGCCUUGUUCAUCUCUUUGUGUAUCAAUAUCAUCAUAUGCAUCAGACGAAGCAAACAAUUGUGCAGAGACACAGACGUGUGCUGCUUAAUACACAUUUGUACAGCAAAAAGCCCGUCACAAGAUGAAGGGCAUUAUUUUCAUAACAUCAAUGAUGAUGAGCAGCAGGAAAAUCCUCUAAAUCAUCAUGAGCAACAGGAAAAUCCAAUCUACGGCAACAUCAGCUCAGACAGAAGUGACUUUGUAGAAAUUUGCUAUGAAUCCAUGGAACACUCGAGAGAACAAAUGAAGAAGUCUUUGCAGCCUGACCUGAAUUAUGCCUCGCUGGAUCUAAAGAUGGCAAAGAAACGCAUGAAAAAGAAUCGCCACCAGCAAGGCCAGGCUCAGGGACGGAACAAACUUCAAGACGAGCUGCCGGUCCACCUCACACCCCCUCUGAAUGCUUUCUUGGAGGUGGAAGCAGACAUGGAUGCUCACCUCCCCUCCAGAGACACAAGCACCAUGGUUUCGCACAGUAGCAUCUACCUGAACAGUCAACAGAUAGCCCAAGAGGCAGAGGAGACAGAAAGAGAAAGGGGCAUAAACAUGGAGUGGGAGGAUGGGGGUUGGGAAGGAAUAAGAAGGAAGGAUGAUGGGCGAAGUACAAAGUGGAAAAGAGAGCAAAGAAGUGAGGAAAGAAAAGAUAGACAAGACAAUAAUGGCAGUGUAUGCACACAGCUUACAGAGGUAGGGGCUAUUCAGAGUGGAAUGGAUUGUUUUACCAGAAGCUUUAGCCAUGACAGUGAGCCACAAGAUUAGAAAGACAUCUUAUUAAGAUGUUCAGAAGUGAAUUAGACACCUGAAAAAGCAAAAGUAACUUUCCAUGACCGUGUCUGUCACCUUCAAUAAUCAACGAGCUUUGCGCAAUUUCCUUUCUGAUUCGAACAAACCACCCCUUGAACUCUUCACACAGAGCAUUUACAGAACAAAAGGUGUACCUUUCUGUGCCGAACGAAGGAAUACAUGUAGAGGAUAUGAAGAGAAUAGGAAACUGGGUGACAUUUAGAGGUCAAGGGCCACAUGGAAAUGUUCUGUUUAUCAACAAAAACAUCAGGACAGAAAGAUCUUUCAUUGUUUUGAUGUCUCAUUAUCGUACAUCAACAGAUGUCUCAGAAAGGCGUGAAGAGGGGGAAAAAAUCACACAUUUGUUUUCCAUGCUGUAGGCGAUAGCCAAGCUUUGACUUUCUUAAAUAUAUGUUAAAUAAAUGUUGCCUAAGCAUAUGUAAAAAAAAAUGUAAGUGGGAUAUAUUAGUUAUCAUUUUAUUUUUCCUGUGGUCAUAUUGUCAUGUAAAUGUCACCCACAGAAAAUGUUCCAAGUCAAAGUUACGAUAAUGUUCAUUAGUUCCAUGAUCAAUUGCACAUGCGAGCUACAGCGCCGUCUGUCAAAAUGGUUAUUUCCUCUCUGUGAUCCCCACUUGGGGGGGGAUAAUUUACUGCCUUGUUGUCUGCUGAGGGAGCUGAGCUCUGAAGUGAACUCAGCAGUCAGAGGUCUGCAGUACACCAACUGGUUGAUUUGUUUUUAUUAGCCAACCAUGGCCUCCUUCCCCUCUAUGGGUUACACAAAUAACCAGGCAGUAUUAGUAACUGUCAUCUUGGUAUGAAAAAAUACUAUAAAUAUAUCCCUUGUCUUCCAUAGCAAAGCACUUCAUCUUUGCACAUUUAAGUUGUAAUAAGUAACAUUUUGUCCUAUGUAAAUUAUUAUCAGCUAGAUUUUAAUGAAUACAUUUUAACUAACAAUAAUUGAUUGGGAUGAAAGACAAUCAAAUAUUGCUAAGACUUUUCUAAUAAAUGUGGUUUGAAUAUGAUAUGCAUUUUGUUUAAAACAGUGUGUGUAAUCAGCUAUCACUCAUUAUAAAUUACACAAAUACAACUCCCAUAUUUUUCCCCCUUUGUUUUAGAUGCGAUCUAGAAGAGGGAACUUUUUUACGUUCCACUUGGCAGUGCCCUAAACUAAAGAGAUUUUGUCAGGGAGUGAGCAACACCCUAUCCAGUAUUCAUGGUGUUGAGUUUCUAUUGGACCCAGAGAUUUGUUUAUUGGGUAACUUUUCCAAAUCCAUCAUCAAAAAUAGCCAUGCGAUAAAACUCACAGAGAUCUUGCUGGCCAUUGCUAAAAAUUGUAUUUCCCAUUAAGCCAAAUAGAUAGUGUCUUUUGUUAAUCUUGUAUUGGGGUUGUGAUUGAAUACCUGAUCCGUGGUACGAGAUGCUGCCCUGUGUCUCUCAAUGUUUGUUUAGUUAUAUAAUUUUAUUGUCAUUUUUGUUGUUUUUUUACCUUAAGUUUGAGUUGUUCGUUGUCUUGUUGGCUUUGUACUGUAAUUUAUUAUUUAAUGGCUACGUGCCAUGUGUCAAUGGGUUUGUCCUUGA